UCUGAAGAGCCCGGGCACACUGUAAAAGUUAUAUUGCUCGUCAAAUUUAUAUUAUAUUUGUAUAACGGACAAGGGGAGCACAGUCGUGCCAGCUAAUUGCGGCGGGGAAUUAUGAAAUACACGGCAGAUACGCAUCGUGCGGUUUCUUAGGGCCACAGUCUCCGCGGAAGACGGCACCACAGUUUCUAGUCAAUUACUAUCCCAAAGUUGAACUCGUGAUUACAUGGCCACCUCGGAUUUCGUACUGGGCGGCCUGGCCUCCGUGGGCGCCACCUUCUUCACCAAUCCCAUCGAGGUGAUCAAGACCAGGAUCCAGCUGCAGGGAGAGUUAGCGGCCCGAGGCACCUAUGUGGAACCCUACAAGGGAAUUGUACAUGCCUUCGUCACGGUGGCCAAAAACGAUGGUAUGCUGGGCCUCCAAAAGGGUCUGGCACCCGCUCUGUACUUCCAAUUCAUCAUCAAUUCCUUCCGACUCAGCAUUUAUUCGGAGGCCAUGGAGCGGGGUUGGAUGCACGACCGGAUUGGCGAGGUAUCCUAUGGCAGAGGACUGAUGUGGGGCGCCAUCGGCGGCGUCGUGGGCUCCUACUGCUCCAGUCCAUUUUUCCUGAUCAAAACGCAAUUGCAGUCCCAGGCUGCCAAGCAAAUUGCUGUGGGCUACCAACACGCCCACACUUCCAUGAGCGACGCCCUGCGACAGAUCUACACUAAGAAUGGAAUCCGAGGACUCUGGCGAGGAUCGGUGGCUGCGCUGCCGAGGGCUGCCCUGGGAUCAGGUGCUCAGAUAGCCACCUUUGGCAAGACCAAAGCCCUGCUUGUGGAGUACGAUCUGGUGACACAGCCCACUUUGAAUUCAUUCACGGCAGGCUUAAUAGCGGGGUCCAUUAUGUCGGUGGCCAUAACGCCGCCAGACGUGAUCACCACCCGCCUGUACAACCAAGGCGUGGAUGCCGAGGGACGAGGCCUGCUCUAUCGUGGUUGGCUCGACUGUUUUGUCAAGAUCCUGCGCUCUGAAGGCGUCUACGGUAUGUACAAGGGCUUCUGGGCCAACUACCUGCGCAUUGCCCCUCACUCAACACUGGUGCUGCUCUUUUUCGACGAGCUGAUCGCCCUGCGCACAAAGUAUAAUCGCCAAUGACCCCACAAAUCUGUGGUUAGGUAGUCUUAGUUUAAGUACAAAAUUGUUCGACUCGUAGUACCCACAUCUUAAAAAAUAUUUGGUUUUUAUUGUUAGGCUUAGUUCAGAUAGACAAAAUAUUUGUGAAAAAUGGCAAAGAAUAUAUAUUCUAUUUUAUGUUUUCACAUGCUUUUAAUAACAAUUGUAUUUUGUGUGUCUGAACUUGGCUUUAGUUUGUAGCGAGUAGCUAAAAAUCCUAGUUCAAAUCUCUUAGCUUAGCAUAGCCCCAUAACCAAUUUGUGCCUUCAGUAAGCUAAACUUAAAGUUGUUCCUUUAGUCAAUAACUGUGCAAUACUUUGGUGAAAUAAACCAGUUAAUUUGUUACUUUUUAACAUA